AAGUCUGGGCAUCAGUUUGAUUCGAGCCAGCAGCCAGAGCAAGCUGCUCCCAGUGACUCCACAGGAUCAGAUUUUUUGGACAAAGGACUAACCUCCACCUGUGUAGCACCUGUCGCGAGGUGUGCCGCGAGUGUUGUCGUCGUCGAUUGUCGGGAAAAGUGUGAAAAGUGCCUUAGAAUGACAUUCAAGCAGUGGCCCUGGCAGGCCCUUAUCAGCCUGCUCUCCGUGUUGAUCCUCGCCGGCAGUUGUGGGGCGGCCACCGAGCAGCUAGGCACUCCACCCAGUCCAUCGCAAAGCGCAGGGGCACGGACCCUUCUCCGGGUCUACGACGAGUGCACCAGAGCCGAAGCCGGAUUUGUGCCAUGCCUGAAGAAGAAGGCCAUAUCCUUCAUUGAUCGUCUGGCUCCUAUCGAUGCCAUCAACGUGGCUGAUGGCAUCAAGCUGGUGCGCCUGGAGACGGCUCCUCGUCCGCCGGCCACCAGUGAGAACGAACUAGAGUCCUCGUUGCCACGAUCUGGUAGCGAUCGAGACGCCAAGCUUACAAAUAUGCUGAUCGAGCGGUUCAGCUACUUCUUUAAUGGACACUCGCUCCAGGUCAGCUUCCCCAAGCUCACUUCGGAUGAGAUCGGACGCGGCUUAGAGGAAGGCCGUGGUAAAAUGAAGAAGAUGAUGGGCAUGAUGAUGAUGGGCAUGGCCAUGAAGCUGAUGGGCAUGAUUCCGAUUGCCAUGGGAGCACUCUACAUACUGGCGGGCAAGGCGUUGAUCAUCUCGAAGAUUGCCCUGCUACUGGCGGGCAUAAUUGGGCUGAAGAAGCUGAUGUCCGGCAAGUCGUCGGGCGGCAGUUCCGGCUGGUCUUCAGGAGGCGGCGGCGGUGGAGGCGGUGGCUGGUCCUCGGGCGGUGGUGGCGGAGGAGGCGGCGGUGGAUGGGACAGGCGAUCCCUGACCGAGGCCCAGGAGCUGGCCUACAGAGCUCACAACAAAGAGCAGGCGGCACAUGUUCAGAGCCAUCCUCAGCUGCAGCAUCUGCAUUCGAAGGCAGCGGCGCCGCAAGUGACCAAGUCAUAGGGCGGAGGAGGAGGAGGUACACGAGGAGGAGGAGUGACACCAAGUGUUAGAUAGCUGCAUUUAUCUUGUGGAUAAAUCACGGACAGCGGACGGAUUGUAAUUAGAUAUACAUAAACUCUCUUUUUGCACUUGCACUGCGGGGCAGACAAGAUGACUCGAUGCACUUCCAACGGUUCACUCCACGCACAGUGGCACCCAUGGGUACAUCGGAUGAAAUGUAUCCAGAACGUGCGUUCCCACUGGCAAUGCGCGGUUUUUUAUAAUGAUUAGUAUUUGCUUUAAUCGAUUAUGUUUUGUUUUAUCUACCGCUCUGCUCUGCUCUGUCUGUUAUGUCUGUUCUUCAUCCAUCCGAGUUUACUGUUACUGAACUCGGCCUCUGUAUCUCAGUUUUUUUUUGUUUUGUACUGUAUCUGUACUCUGUAUCUGCAUCUCACUGUGCUUCGAUUCCUAUAUGGCUAACUGCACUCGCUAUUUUCAAUUACCGCUCAUACUUCCGCUUCUGCUGCUCCGCUCACAUCUCACUCCACUAGCUCUAGCACUCAUACUAACUCUAGCCUGUCUAACUGUACGUAGCCACUAGGUGUAAUAAUUUAUUUAACUUAUUUAUUUAUUUACUAGCCUUAAGUGUAAAUCGCAUGUAAGCAGCAAAGUUUUCAAAAAACAGAAAAGAAAAAAAAAUUUAUACAAAUAAAAUCAAUGAUACCAAUC